AUGGUCAACUUCACCGUCGACCAGAUCCGUCAGCUGAUGGACCAGCCGUCCAACAUCCGUAACAUGAGUGUCAUUGCCCAUGUCGACCACGGCAAGUCCACACUCACCGACUCUCUGGUCUCGAAGGCGGGUAUCAUUGCCGCUAACAAGGCCGGUGACAUGCGUUUCACGGAUACACGAGACGACGAGAAGGAACGUGGUAUCACCAUCAAGUCAACCGCUAUCUCCAUGUUCUUUGAGAUCGACAAGGACGAUCUGCCCUCCAUCAAGCAGGAGACGAACGGCAACGAGUUCUUGAUCAACUUAAUCGACUCGCCCGGUCACGUCGACUUCUCAUCUGAGGUCACGGCCGCUCUCCGUGUCACUGACGGUGCUCUCGUCGUCGUCGACUGUGUCGAGGGUGUUUGCGUGCAGACCGAGACUGUGCUCCGCCAGUCACUCGGUGAGCGUAUCAAGCCCGUCGUCGUCAUCAAUAAGGUCGACCGUGCUCUUCUCGAGCUCCAGGUCUCGAAGGAGGAUCUUUACCAGUCCUUCCUCCGUACUAUUGAGUCCGUCAACGUCAUUGUAUCGACCUACCACGACGAGGCCCUCGGUGAUGUCCAGGUCUACCCCGAGAAGGGUACCGUCGCCUUCGGUUCCGGUCUCCACGGCUGGGCCUUCACCCUUCGCCAGUUCGCCACUCGCUACGCCAAGAAGUUUGGCGUCGACAAGGAGAAGAUGAUGGCCAAGCUCUGGGGCGACAACUUCUUCAACCCGGCCACCCGUAAGUGGACCACGAAGUCGACCGACGCCGACGGCAAGACGCUUGAGCGUGCCUUCAACAUGUUCGUCCUGGACCCGAUCUUCAAGAUCUUCGAGUCCACCAUGAACUUCAAGAAGGAGCAACUCUUUACGAUGCUCGAGAAGCUCGACGUUAAGCUCCUGGCGGAAGAGAAGGAUCUCGAGGGCAAGGCCCUCCUCAAGGUUGCCAUGCGCAAGUUCCUCCCCGCCGGCGACUCGCUCCUGGAGAUGAUUGUCAUCAACCUCCCGUCUCCCCGCACCGCUCAGAAGUACCGUGUCGAGACGCUCUACGAGGGUCCCAUGGACGACGAGUCCGCCAUUGGCAUUCGUGACUGUGACCCCAAGGGCCCGCUUGUCUGCUACAUCUCCAAGAUGGUCCCGACCACUGACAAGGGCCGCUUCUACGCUUUCGGCCGUAUCUUCUCUGGUACCAUUCGCUCUGGUCCCAAGAUCCGCAUCCAGGGUCCCAACUACCUUCCCGGCAAGAAGGACGACCUCUUCGUCAAGUCGGUCCAGCGCACGGUGCUCAUGAUGGGUCGCUACGUCGAGCCCAUCGAGGACUGCCCGGCCGGAAACAUCGUCGGUCUCGUCGGCAUUGACCAGUUCUUGCUCAAGAGCGGUACCCUCACCUCGUCCGAGACGGCGCACAACAUGAAGGUCAUGAAGUUCUCCGUCUCUCCCGUCGUGCAGGUCGCCGUCGAGGUCAAGAACGCCGCUGACCUUCCCAAGCUCGUCGAGGGUCUCAAGCGUCUCUCGAAGUCCGACCCUUGUGUGCUUGCCUGGAUCGCCGACACCGGAGAGCACAUCGUUGCCGGUGCCGGUGAGCUCCACUUGGAGAUCUGCUUGAAGGAUCUCCAGGAGGACCAUGCUGGUGUCCCGCUCAAGAUCUCUGACCCCGUUGUCGGCUACCGGGAGACGGUCAAGGCCGAGUCCUCAAUCGUCGCUCUCUCCAAGUCGCAGAACAAGCACAACCGUCUCUUCACGAAGGCGAUGCCGCUCGGAGAGGAGCUUACCGUCGCGAUCGAGCAGGGCAAGAUCAACCCACGUGACGAUUUCAAGGCGCGCGCGCGUGUACUUGCUGACGAGUACGGUUGGGAUGUCACCGACGCCCGCAAGAUCUGGUGUUUCGGUCCUGACACGACUGGACCUAACUUGGUUGUCGAUGUCACGAAGGGUGUGCAGUACCUCAACGAGAUCAAGGACUCUUGCGUUGCUGCCUUCCAGUGGGCAACGAAGGAGGGUGUCUGCGCCGAGGAGAUCAUGCGUGGUGUCCGCGUCAACAUCAUCGAUGUUACUCUCCACACUGAUGCCAUCCAUCGUGGUGGAGGUCAGAUCAUCCCGACGAUGCGUCGCUCGACCUACGCUGCCUGCCUGCUCGCCGAGCCCGGCCUCCAGGAGCCCGUUUAUCUCGUCGAGAUCCAGUGCCCGGAGAACGCGAUCGGUGGUAUCUACUCGUGCUUGAACAAGCGCCGUGGUCAGGUCUUCUCCGAGGAGCAGCGUGUCGGCACGCCCAUGUUCACCGUCAAGGCUUACUUGCCCGUCAUGGAGUCGUUCGGCUUCAACGGCGACCUUCGCCAGGCGACGGGCGGCCAGGCCUUCCCCCAGUCUGUCUUCGAUCACUGGGAGAUCAUGAACGGCUCGCCCACCGAGAAGGGCUCGAAGCUCGAGGACCUCGUCAGGAGCAUCCGUACCCGCAAGGGUCUGAAGCCUGAGGUGCCGCCGCUUGACACGUACUACGACAAGCUCUAA